CUGGGCGGAGCUCUUUCAGAGCAGGAAGAAGAAAGCGUGUGGGCCUCGAGGAGGAAGGAGAGAUGAUCACUUUUUAAUAAAACCAAAGAACUACACAAAUUACAAACAACUAGAAACAUCAUUUGUUUUGCUGCCUAGAAAAAUAACGUGCAUUGCUGCCUACAAAAACAGCAACCAAUCUAUGCAUGCCCUUCUGUGAGAGUAUGGCAACUAAAAGAAAGAAGAUUUUUGUAUCAAUGGAACAAAAACUUGAGGCACUCAAGAGAUUGGAUAAAGGAGAGACGAUUAAGAAGGUUGCCAAUGACUAUGGUGUUGGAAAGGUAACAGUAGGAGACUGGAAAAGGCAUCGAUUGGAGAUAGAAAAAUGGUGUUCCUUCAGAGUUACCAAUGGCGCAUUAAAAGAGAGGAAAACAAUGAAAAAGUGUGACUAUGAAAAAGUUAGUGAAGCUUUGUAUGUUUGGUAUAUGCAGUUCAGAGACAAAAGCGUGCCUAUUUCAGGGCCUAUUUUACAGCAGAAAGCAUUGCAUUUUCAAAAGGAAUUUAAUGAAGGGGACCCAGAUUUUAGCGCAAGCAAUGGUUGGCUCAACAGGUGGAAGAAACGUUAUGGAAUCCGUCUCUUAAGUGUUUGUGGUGAGAAGCUGUCAUCAAAUUAUCAAGAAAUGGAGGCAUUCAAGAAAAAAUUUCAAGACCUUGUUGAAACUGAAAGCCUAACAGACGAUCAGAUUUUUAAUUGUGAUGAGACCUGUCUCAAUUACAAAAUGUUACCUAGUAGGAGCCUUGCAGCCGGAACUGAAGCAGCAGCCCCUGGCUAUAAGCAUAUUAAAGAACGGCUGACCAUUUUAGCAUGCAGCAAUGCUACCGCAAACCACAAAAUAGACCUCGCAAUGAUUGGGAAGCCCAAAAAUCUAAGAGCCUUUAAAACAGUUUCAAAAAACGCUCCUCCUGUAAAAUAUUAUAAUCAAAAAAAUGCAUGGAUGACCAGUGAAAUUUUCAAAGACUGGUUUUUUAAGGAAUUUGUUCCUUCCACUGAGAAAUUUUUGAAAGAAAAUGAUCUGCCCAGAAAAGCAGUUUUGUUGCUAGACAAUGCCCCAAUGCACCCUGAUGCAGAGAAGCUUCAAGAUGGGGACAUUAAGGCGAUGUUUCUGCCACCUAAUGUAGCCGCCAUAUGCCAACCAAUGGAUCAGGGCAUUUUGGAAACGCUAAAAAGGAACUACCGCAAGAAGCUACUGUCAACAAUAAUAGAAGAAAUUGAAGAAGGGCAAGACAUGAUUGAAAAAUGGAAAAACAUCAAUGUAAAAGAAGUUGCUUAUUGGGUUGCAAGGGCCUGGACUGACGUUAAGGCUCCAACAAUUGCCAGAUCAUGGAAGAAGUUGUUAGGCGAAGAUAAAGAUGAAAUUAUGGAAAGGGAAAGCACAGAUGAAACCGAAGAAAGCAUUCUACCCUUAGUACAGCGUGUCCCUGGGUGUGAGAAUGUGUCUUCGCAAGAAGUGGAAAAUUGGAUGAAUGGAGAUGAUCAGUAUGAAAUAACUGAUGAAGAAAUUGUCACUCUUAUCAAUAAUGAUGGCAAUGGCGACGAAAUUGAUGAUCAGGCAACAACUGUCGAGCCUCUUAGAAUCUCGCACAAGGAUAGGGUUGGGACUCAAGAAACCGCAGUGACAUAUAUUGAGCAACAAGUAGAAGCUACAGGGAUUGACAUAAUGAUGCUGCAAAGAUGGCGAGACUCGGCAGCAAAGAAACGGCAAUCAUCGGAAAAGCAGGAGAACUUGGCAAUAGUGAAAGAUCUAACUGAAAAGAUGGGAGGGAAAGACUAUUCCGAGCCCAACCUGGGAAAAGGCCCUUCCCUCAUUCAGGCCAAGCCUAGUGGAGCAUUGGAGGAAAGAGCUACACAGAAGAGCCUGCCGGAGGAAGUGCUCUCUUCAGAUUUACGGAGCCAGCAAUUCAGGGACUUUGGCUACAGGGAGACGUUGGGACCUCGGGAGGUUUGCAGCCAGCUGCACCUUCUCUGCCGCCAGUGGCUCCGGCCAGAAAGACACACCAAGACGGAGAUGUUGGACUUGGUGGUGUUUGAGCAGUUCCUGGCUCUUCUUCCGCCUGAGAUGUCGUCCUGGGUGAGAGAAUGUGGGGCAGAGACCAGUUCCCAGGCGGUGGCCCUGGCAGAAGGCUUCCUCCUGAGUCAGGCAGAGAAGAGGCAGGAAGAGGAGCAGGAUUUGUUUCCGGAAAGGAUCCCUGAGAUAGAUCAGUGUUUUCCUGAAUCCAGUCAAAGGCAGCAGCCAAGGUGGAUGGUUCAGGACGGAGAAGGAAAGUCUCCCUCAAUGAGAGAGGGAACAAGGACUGGGUCUACCAGUAUAAGUGCAUCUCUUCCUCAUGAUGAACUCAGAACAGCAUCUGCAAGAGUACAUCAGGUGACUUUUGAGGAGGUGGCUGUGGAUUUCACGGAAGAAGAGUGGGCUCUGUUGGACCCAGGCCAAAUGGCCCUUCAUCAGAAGGUGAUGGAGGAGAGUUUGGAAAUCCUGUUCUCUCUGGGACGAAAUUGUGGAAACAAUUACUUGUCAAGAUCACAACUUCUGACAGAUCAAGGAACCAAAACAGCUGAAAAAACAUCAAAGUGUCUGAAGGGUAAAAAUAGAUUCCGAAAAAAUGCAUUCCUUACCUGUUACCAAUCAAAUCACACAGGGAAGAAACCAUUUCAUUGUUGGGUCUGCAGAAAGGAUUUCAUUUGGAAGAGUCACCUCCUUUGUCAUCAAGCAAUUCACACUGGAGAGAAACCAUUUACAUGUGCAGAGUGUGGGAAAAGCUUUAUUCUGAAGGCACGCCUCACUCGGCAUCAAGCAAUUCACACUGGAGAGAAACCAUUUACAUGUGCAGAGUGUGGGAAAGGCUUUAUUCGGAAGGCACACCUCACUCAGCAUCAAGCAACUCACACUGGAGAAAAACCAUUCAAAUGCCCGGAGUGUGGGAAAAGCUUUAUUCGGAAGGCACACCUCACUCGGCAUCAAGCAACUCACACUGAGGAAAAACCACUCAAAUACUUUUGAGUGUGGAAAAAGUUUCACUCAGAAGACAUCCCUCACCUAUCAUCAAGCCACUCACAAUGGGGAGAAGCCAUUUCAGUGUCUGGAAUGUGGGAAAGGAUUUAUUCGGAAGGCAGAUCUUACUCUUCACGAAACAAUUCACAGUGGGGAGAAGCCAUUUCACUGUCUGGUAUGUGGGAAAGAAUUUAUUCUGAAGAUAGAUCUGACUCGACAUGAAAUUAUUCACAGUGGGAAGAAGCCAUUUCAGUGUCUGGUAUGUGGGAAAGGAUUUAUUCGAAAGAGAGAUCUGACUAGUCAUGAAACAAUUCACAGUGGGGAGAAGCCAUUUUAGUGUCUGAAAUGUGGGAAAGAUUUAUUCAGAAAGCAUGCCUCACUUGGCAUCAAGCAAUUCACACUGGGAGAAACCAUUUAAAUGUUUAGAGUGUAGGAAAAGUUUAAAUAGAGUGUGGGAAAGGUUUUUUUCAGAAGAACAGCCUUACUGAGCAUCAAAGGCAUUCUUGAUUGACACUGAUUUUCUAGAUCCGGCGCAGUCUGGCUUUAGCACGGGGCAUGGUACCAAGACAGCCUUGGUUGUCUUAGUCGAUGAUCUUCACCGGGAGCUGGACAGGGAGAGUGUGUCCCUGCUGGUUCUACUGGACCUCACAGCAGCCUUUGAUACCGUUGACCAUGGUAGCCUUCUGAGACGCCUCGCGGGGAUGGGGCUUGGAGGUACUGCUUUGCAGUGGCUCCACUCAUUCCUGGAGGGUCGGUCCCAGAUGGUGUCACUGGGGGACUCCUGCCCACAACCAUUGUCUUGUGGUGUCCCGCAGGGUUCUGUAAUGUCCCCCAUGUUGUUUAAUAUCUACAUGAAGCCGCUAGGAGAGAUCAUGAGUUUCGGAUUGCGGUGUCAUCUCUAUGCAGAUGAUGUCCAACUCUCUUACUCCUUCCCACCUGUCACUAAGGAGGCUGUCCAGGUCCUGAACUGGUGCUUGGCAGUUAUGUCAGACUGGAUGAGAGCCAACAAAUUGAAACUGGAUCCAGACAAGACAGAGGUCCUCCUGGUCAGUUGGAAGGCCGAACAGGGUAUAGAGUUACAGCCUAUGCUGGAUGGGGUCACACUCCCCCUGAAGACGCAGGUGCACAGUCUGGGGGUGAUCCUAGACUCAUCAUUGAGCCUGGAGCCCCAGGUCUCAGCGGUGGCUAGGGGAGCCUUCGCACAGCUAAAACUUGUGCGGCAGCUGCCCCCGUACCUUGAGAAGCCAGACUUAGUCUCGGUAGUCCAUGCUCUUACAUCCCAAUUAGACUACUUCAACGCACUCUACGUGGGGCUGCCUUUGAAGACUGUUCGGGAGCUUCAAUUAGUCCAACGGGAGGCAGCCAGGUUGUCAACCGGAGCAGCAUACAGUUAGCACACUACUCCUCUGUUACGUCAGCUCCACUGGCUGUCGAUUAGCUACCGAGCACGAUUCAAAGUGCUGGCUUUAGCCUAUAAAGCUCUAAACGGUUCCGGCCCAGCUUACUUGUCCGAACGUGUCUCCCGCUAUGACCUACCACAUAAUUUUAAGAUCUUCUGGGGAGGCCCUGCUCUCGGUCCCACCAGCCUCACAGGUGAGGCUGGCAGGGGCAAGAGACAGGGCAUUCUCAGUAGUGGCUCCUCGGCUGUGGAACUCCCUCCCUAGUGACAUCUAUCCCUUUUGAGUUUUAGAAAGAAAGUGAAGACCUGGCUAUGCGAGCAAGUGUUCAAAGAAUAAGUUUUGUUGGCUUCGACACGGUCUGGACUAAGGUUUAUGUACAAGGUUCUGUGGAUGAAUGGCUCAAGUAUUUUGUAUUGUUUUAAAUGUUUUUAACUGCUUAUGUUUUAUUCUUUUGUAAUUGUGUAUUGGCAUUGUAUUCUUCCAGUUUUGUAAGCCGGCCUGAGUCCCUUUGGGUGAGAAGGGCGGGAUAGAAAUGAUGGCAAUAAAUAAAUAAAUAAUAAAGAA